CCUGAUCGAUUCAAAAAGGGAAUGUCCCUUAAAUCACAAACCCAUAUUCUCCCUCCUUCCUCAGGUUUUCCCUUUGUUUAUUUAUCUUCACAAGAUUUUAGGGUGUCAUUCCAAAAACCCACAAAAACUCAUCACACCCUUAUAUUUUAAUAAUUAGCUAGGUUCCUGAUAUAUUUGGCUUCUUUACGGGAAACCAUUUUUGCAAACUUAAUUUGUCUCAUCAGCAUCAAAGUUCUUUAUUUACAAGAAAAAAGCAGCUUUUGUCAUGGUCUUUUAAGUUUUCAAUAUUUGUCUUUUUUUCUCUGUUGAAUUCCAGUUCCAGUAUCAUUUACAUCCAUGCUUUCAGCUUCUACGUACUUCAUCGAUCAAGUUUCCAUUGUCUAGUUGGUGUCUAGAAUUUAUACACUUAGCGUACUGGUUCGUGCACUUUGGGAAAGAAUAGUUUUGAUUUUCUCCUUUCUUUGUCUGCUUAAUUUACAUAAAUGGAGAACAUGGGAGAAUGGGAGCAAAGGAGUUUAAUAAAUGAACUAACACAAGGAAGAGAGCUAGCUAGGCAACUCCAAGUCUAUCUCAAUGUGCCUUCUUCUUCUCAUGAAACUCGUGAAUUGUUAGUCCAAAAGAUCCAAGCUUCCUUCGAGAAGGCACUUUCAAUGCUAAACUGCAAUACGUCUUUGGCAGUAGAUCAGCCACAACCCUCAGGACUAGCAAUCAGAAUGUCGGAGUCACCACCUUCUCGUAGUGCAAGUCCCCGGAGUGAAGACUCUGACCGUGAUUUCAAGGAACAGGAGCUCAAAUUCGAUGCCUCCAAGAAAAGAAAAACUCUGCCAAGAUGGACACAACAAGUCCGAGUUACGCCUGGUACAGCCCUGGAGGGACCUCUUGAUGAUGGCUUCAGUUGGAGGAAAUAUGGACAAAAAGAUAUUCUAGGUGCAAAAUAUCCAAGAGGCUACUACAGGUGCACCCACCGAAAUGUACAAGGUUGUUUGGCUACAAAGCAAGUACAAAGAUCAGAUGAUGACCCAACAAUCUUUGACAUUACUUACCGCGGAAGGCAUACUUGUAAUCUAGCCUCCCAUGUUAUGCCUCCCUCAGUACUCUCAGAAAAUCAAGAACAAGGAACAAGCAUAGACCCACAGCAGCAUAACCAGCAAGAAGAACAAACCCAGAAACAAUCACAAGAUCUACUGUUGAGCUUCCGGAGGGGACUUAAAGUUAUAACCCAAGACUUACACAUUAGAGAACAAACAUAUCCUUCAUUCCCUAAUUAUCCGUCAUCAACGAGAUCUAAUAUAAAGGUUGAAAACAAUGUUGUCUUUUCACCUUCUGUGAUGAACAACAAUAAUGUGGUGGGAAAUCUUUCACCUUCUUUAAUAUCGCCUGCAACAUCCGGGUCUAACUAUUGCUCUGUGUCUCCAAGUCCAAGCGGGAUGAGCAGUACUCAUAUGCAGGGAAACGUUAAUUUUCCAACUUUUGUGCCUCAGCCCGCUGAGAUUAUCCAAGCUUCUACUUCAGCAACAAACCUUCCCACUGUUGGUUUGGAUUUCCCAUUUGGUAAUGCCGAAUUCGAUCCAAACUUCACAUUUGACAACCAUGGUUUUUUUUCCUAAUCCUAAUCCUUGUAGCCAAGAAACCUUUGUUUCUCAUUUUUCCCUCUCCAGAAUAAUUUUCUCCCUUUUUUAACUCAAUUCUGUAACAAACAAGAGUUCGAUUUUAGGCCCCUGUAGGAUAUGUCUCGUAGCAAAUGUAGACUGUACUUAGUUUUUUCUUUUCUUUUGCGGGAUGAAGUGUUACCUUUUUCCAAUUUUAAUGAAGUCAGUUUCGUGUGCCCAAAUCAUGGGCCGUAAAAGAUUACACUUUAAACCCAAUGUAGGCAAAAGUAGAAUUCUGAACCCUAUAUAAGGAGGCUAAAAGUUCACCCAAAAAGGAACCCAAAGGUGAGGCUAUCGGGUUUUCUGUUUAAGCCCACUGCCAGAGAAAUUCCAAAGCCCAGGUUCAUAAACAUAGUGUGAUGAUGACUGAUGAGCCACCGUUUUCAUAUGCCGUUGUUGGGAUGAGUAAUCCAUUCUAAUUUGUACCAGAACUAUGAUUCCUCCUCUAAAUUUGAGCUGCUGAGAAAACGAUUUUAUUAGGUGGUCCAAACCUGAGUUAAAAGAAAAGCAGACAAAAAUAAAUAAAUAACUGCGAAAAUUUUUUUAUUUCAGUGGUCCACAUUAAGCCUCAUUAAGGCAGUCAUGCAAAUUUUGGGUCUUCUACUGAGCAAUUCUUGUUUAAGAUUGCAUGCAUGGGACCAUUGUUACACCUCAGCUGAAUAUUCUUUUUUUUGGAUUAUUAUUGUUGUUGAUGUUAUUAAAUGUGUUUUAUAUUUUAUUCCUUUGAAAAAGGAAAUUUGAUGAAAUUAUUUUUGGAAAUCCUAAGUGUAUAUGAACUUAAAUAUAUACUAGCUGAGAUGAU